GGUUGAGAACUGCUGGCAGGCCUCCCCCCCCAGCAAGCCUCUGGAGGAGCAGAGCAAUUCCCACGACAGGUGGAGCACGCUGCGGCGGCACUAAGCAAGAUUUCCCGGCUUGCGGUGCCCAGGCUCUGGGGGAGGGGAAGCCCUCGCACUUGAGGCAGCUGCGCUUGCAAGGGGCCCCUUCAAAGUGCUGCAGCAGCAGGCAGAAGUUUGACUUUUGUUUUUUUUUGAAAGGACUGGAGAAAUUAUUAACCCCGGUUGAUGACGUCAGAGUUGAUCUGAUUAAAGGUUGAAGUUCAUGAGUUCUCCCAGCCUCAGUGAUCUGGGCAAGAGAGAGCAGGCAGCCUUGGAUGAGCGGGGGUCCCAGCAGCGACGGGCCUGCUCCAACGCUACCUGGAACAGUAUCCACAAUGGAGUAAUAGCCGUGUUCCAGCGAAAGGGUCUCCCAGACCACGAACUUUACAACCUCAAUGAAGGAGUCAGGCAAUUAUUGAAAACAGAACUGGGAUCCUUUUUCACUGAAUAUCUACAGAACCAGCUGCUCACCAAAGGCAUGGUGAUCCUACGGGACAAGAUCCGGUUUUAUGAAGGGCAGAAACUACUGGAUACCUUAGCUGAAACCUGGGAUUUUUUCUUCAGUGAUGUCCUGCCCAUGCUUCAGGCUAUUUUCUAUCCUGUGCAGGGAAAGGAGCCCUCGGUUCGGCAGCUGGCGCUUCUGCACUUCAGGAACAUAAUUACCCUCAACAUUAAAUUGGAAGAUGCAUUAUCACGGUCCAGAGCCAGAGUUCCACCCUCUAUUAUCCAGAUGCUGUUAAUACUCCAGGGGGUUCAUGAGUCGAAAGGUGUGACUGAAGAUUAUUUGAAGCUGGAGUCCCUGAUCCAGAAGGUCGUUUCUCCUUACCUGGGCACCUAUGGCCUGUAUUCCAGUGACGGACCCUUCACGCACUCAUCCUGUAUCUUGGAGAAACGGUUCUUCAGGCGUUCGAAAUCGGGUGACAUCCUCACCAAGAACCCCGUGGUGCGAUCCAAAAGCUACAACAACCCCCUGCUGACGCCGGUGGCCGAGUAUGAAACCGAGGGCAUGGCUGCCAACGGAACGGGCAUCCGGAGGCACUCCGUUUCAGAAAUGACCUCCUGCCUGGAGCUCCAGGGCUACUCCAACCUCACCACCAUCAUGGACAACGGGUCCAAGAGCUCCAUGAUGGCCACAAAAAGCUCACUGUCGGGAGACCAGGAGAGGCCCAACGCUGGGUCAGUACAGUGCUCUAGCAAACUCAGCGCAGCUGAGCAACAGAAAGGACUCUUCCACUUGGUGGAUGAUCCACACAGAUCCUUUGAGCUGGACAGGGACCCUUCCUUGAUUCCCAUUCCCUCUUCCAGCCCUGAGAACAUAGUGGAUCAGAUUUUGGAGUCGAUCGACUCUGAUUCUGAAGGCAUUUUUAUUGAUUUUGGGCAAGGCUGUUCCAGCUCAUCAGCAUACAAUGUGGAUGUGAACAGACAGAGCAUCAUGUGAAAGACACUGGGAGACAGACCUUGGGUUUUAAUAUUCUAUAUGAAAGUUACUAUGUGCUGAGUUGGACUAUGAGCAAGCUACAUGUCCAGAGCAGAGCCUCUCUUGUGGGUCAUCUCAGCUGUACUGAAGUACAGGAACACAAGUUUACAAGCAGGUAGGAAUCUGCUGCAAGGGGGGGAGAAGCCACAACCACUUCUCCCUUUCACUCUGCAGGCAGAUUUCCUCCUGUCUUUAUAAACUUAGGGGUUCACAACUUUGACAAGUGUCUGGUACAGUGCUCCCAGCACAGCUGGCAGCGUUUGUCCGGUAAAACAGCCUCGCAAAGGGUUGCGCUGACUUCCCAUUGUCUCAAGAGUUUCCCCGCCCGUGGCAGGUUGC